AUGGGACCGCCAAUCGAUGAAGAAGACGUGGGUUUCCAAUUUCCUCAACAGCAACAACCAUAUUCCCCCGAAGUCCCCACCCAGGAACCUAUCCAGCACAGGAAAUCAGACAGCGGUGAAAUUACUGGUAUCAUGGCUGAGCAGGCGCUGCAACAACAGCAGCAGGCACUCUAUCAGCAACAGCUCGCGUCAAAUCAGGUCCUUUCCUUCCAGACGGCUGGAUUAGCUCCGAACAGGACGAGUGUUCAUCGACGCGUUCACAGCACUGUUCCCAUGGGUGGAAUAGGCGCUAGCGGCUUUGGAGGUCCGCAGCCCACUAUGGGUCAGUUCGGUCACUACAGCGGCCUCAGCGUUAGCAUGGACGGACAAGCCCAAGCUAUGCCUCGAGGACAUGGGCGACGGCACAGUGUCAACGUUGUCAACAAGCCCGGGGGCGGAGGUGGCUCUAUCAGUUACAAUAGCAAUCCUUACGGACAACAAGAAGGGUUCGAUGAUGGUUUUGCCCCACCCGGUUUUGGUGGACAUUCUCGUCAGGCUUCUCGAGCCGAUUCUAGUUGGCGUAUCAAUGGUGGUGUCGGCGGGGUGCCUACCAACAGCAACAAUGGUUUUGCAGCAGACCUCGCUCAAGCUCAAGCCCAACUCCAGAGUCUGCAGCAAUUCCGUGCGGCAGCCGGGGGCCAUCAUCAUAAAAUGCCAUCAUUCAGCUUCCCCAACAUGUUGCCUAAUAUGAUGGCAGCGAAUAUGAUGGGCAUGGGCCUUGGCGGUAUCAAUCUAUUGCAGCAACAACAGCAACAAUUCCAGUCCCAGCUCCAGCAACAGUCUAACCAGCCCCAACGAAAGUCCCUCUUUGCGCCAUAUCUACCUCAAGCGUCCUUGCCCCCUUUGCUUGCAGCGGGAAAAUUGGUUGUUGGAAUUUUGCGGGUCAACAAGCGCAAUCGAUCUGAUGCAUACGUCGCCACCGAAGUCCUUGAUGCAGACAUCUAUAUAUGCGGGUCGAAGGAUCGCAACCGGGCUCUUGAAGGCGACAUUGUCGCCGUGGAGCUCCUGGAUGUUGAUGAAGUUUGGGGGACGAAGAAAGAGAAGGAAGAGAAAAAGAGAAAGAAGGAAGAGAACUCUGCAUACGACGUUAAGUCGAGCGCCGGCCGCAAAGACGAUAAGAAGAAAGAUGACGUUGAAGUUGAGGGUCAAGGUCUUCUCCUGUUCGAAGAUGAAGAAGUCACUGACGAUGUUAAACCUCAGUUUGCCGGCCAUGUUGUUGCUGUGGUAGAAAGGAUGCCUGGCCAGUUGUUCUCCGGAACUCUGGGCCUCCUUCGUCCCUCUUCUGCCGCCACGAAGGAAAAGCAAGAAGCGGAGCGUCGCGAACGUGAAGGCGAUCGUGGAGAUGAGCCUAGGCGCGGUCCCAUCGAACGUCCUAAGAUUGUCUGGUUUAAGCCUACAGACAAGCGCGUACCUCUCAUUGCGAUUCCUACUGAGCAAGCCCCACCUGACUUCGUUCAGAACUCUGAGGCGUACGUUGACAAGCUUUUCGUUGCUUGCAUCAAACGUCAUCCUAUAAGCUCGUUGCAUCCUUUCGGUACUCUGGUUGAGGAACUCGGUCCGAUUGGCGAUAUCGAAGUAGAGACGAGUGCUCUUCUGAAGGACUGCAAUUUCCCUACAGAAGACUUCACGGACAAUGUCCUGAAGUGUUUGCCGCCGAUGCCUUGGUCAAUUCCGGAAAGAGAAUUCGAGGUCCGGAAGGAUCUUCGUGGUAAACGUAUCUUUACUAUCGAUCCGGAUACUGCAAAGGACCUUGAUGAUGCUGUUUCGAUCAACCUCAACGAAGACGGCACCUAUGAUGUUGGCGUUCAUAUUGCUGAUGUUUCUUACUUCGUCAAGCCAAACACUGCCCUCGACCGUGAUGCUCGCAAGCGCGCAACGAGUGUGUAUCUAGUUCAACGUGCUGUGCCAAUGCUUCCUCCGUCUCUCAGUGAACAGUUAUGUAGUCUUGUUCCUGGACAAGAUCGCCUCGCAUUCACGGUCAUCUUCACCAUGAAUAAAGAGGCCAAGGUCUUGAGCAAAUGGUUUGGCAAGACCAUCAUAAGAUCCGCCAGUAAGCUUAGUUACUCGGACGCUCAGAACGUGAUUGAAGGCAAAGUUUUGGGUGGUGUUGUGAUAUCUCCUGAGCAUAAUGCCAGCGAUAUCGAACAUGACAUCCGGAUUUUGGAUGAUCUGGCCAAGAAGUUGCGAGCCCAAAGGUUUGAGAAUGGCACUUUAAGCUUGGACUCCCUGCGCUUGCAGUUCAAGCUAGAUGAUACCGGAUUACCUGUUGACUGUUGGCAAUAUCAACAUGUUGAUGCAAAUGAGCUGAUAGAGGAGUUCAUGCUCCUCAGUAACAUCACGGUAGCUCAACAUAUUGCCUUCCAUCUACCUGAGCAAGCACUUCUCCGUCGCCAUGACACUCCUAUCGAGCGUCGUCUCAACACCUUCCGGGAACGUGCGGAGCGAUUAGGUUACCAGAUGGAUACUUCGACGUCGGGUACCCUCAUGCGAUCAUUUGAAGCAAUCAAGGAUCCUACUGCUCGCAGGCUUCUCGAAUUGCUCUCGUUCAAAGUGACUUACCGCGCGAAAUACUUCUGUUCUGGAAUGCUUGAUAUUGCAAAAUAUCAUCACUAUGCUCUCAACGUCCCUUUGUACACCCACUUCACGUCUCCAAUCCGUCGUUAUGCUGACAUUCUUGUUCACCGUCAACUUGAGUCAGUAUUGCAAACUGGAUCUGAACCUAAGUUCACUAUGGAUCGCGAUGCCGUUGCCAAAGUGGCUCAGCAGUGCAAUAUUAAACGCGACUCGGCGAACUUGGCUCAGGAACAAUCAGCCCACCUGUUCCUUUGCGUUCUCAUUUCCGACUUGACCCAGCGCUAUGGUCCAGUUGUUCGUCAAGCUAAAGUUGUUGGUGUUUUGGAUGCUGCUUUUGAUGUCCUUGUGCCCGAAUUCGGUAUCGAGAAGCGCGUUCAUGUUGACCAGAUGCCCAUUGACAAUCACGUCUAUGAAGAGCACACACACACGUUGCAGAUCUACUGGUCAACCAAGGACGUCAUCAGCUGGUUAGCCGAGAACAGCGACGACGAGCAUUUGAAAAAGGUGAAACAGAAUGCGGAGCAGCAUGCACUUAAGAUGGAGGUUGCUUCACGCUCCGUCCAUGACGAGAAGGCCUUGUUCGACGAGGACGAAGCGGAUGACGAUGAAAUUGUUCUAGGGCGCGCCGAAGCGUCGGCGGAUGAGAACGAGACAUCGAAACAAAGGUUACUGUCGAUCGCCAAGAUGAAGCCCGAGUUCGAGGGGUUGAGGACGACACCCGCUGGGCAUCUGAUUCAGGAUAUCAGGGAGCUCAUGAGCGUUCCUGUCAUCGUGACUGCUGAUUUGACCAAGUCGCCACCGGUCAUCAAAGUAUACAGUGUCAACCCUUACGCCAUCGAGCAGAAAUGA